AACACUUGUCACCGCGGAGUACAUUUCUCGCAUGCCACAGCUUCCGCGUACCUCGAACAGUCGCAAGCAAGAAACGCUCGCUCAACAGGGGAAGAGAUGGGGGGCGCGGGCAUGGCGCUCGCCGUCGCGUUCACGGCCGCCCUCGCCGUCCUGUUCUUCGUCCUGCUCGCCGUCCUUCUCUAUAGGCACUGGUGGCGACGUCGUGAAGCCGAGGCGUCCACCCGCGGCUUCGUGCUGUUCGACGUCUGCUUCCACGAGGACAGGCUGCGCCGCGCCGUGAGGCCGUCCAUGGACAGGAACCGGCGGCGGGCGCCACGGGAGCAGUCCUCCGGCGAGGUGGCGGAUGACCAGGAGCCGGACCAGUACGAGCUCGCAAGGUGGAAGAAGAUGUUCGGUGGCCCGACCAGGAGCCUGUCCACGAUAGACGAGGUGACGGAGAAGGACAUGACGCCGAUCGCCACGCCCGCGUUCUGCACGCCGCCGGCGUCGCCCGACCGGAGAGACGCCCGGGCUCUCGACAUGGCUUCCAUCGCGGUGCAAGUUUAAGGCUUAAGCCUCGGCUUUCUUGGACCGACAAGGUUAAGGUUCACGACACUCGGAACCUUGGACGAGAGGCGGGCAAGGAACGCCGUUGAAAAGGCAGCCCGAGAAUUGGCAGGCGGGCGUUGACUGCGUGAGCUCUGGUUUUGACUAACCGGGCACAGCAGGUCAGCAGCAGAGCUAAAAAUUCAUGCAUAGGAACCUAUUCUCUCUCU